GGGAGGAGGCAGACAGGUGGGUGUAGAUCCUAAAGGACCAAUCACAGUGGGUCAUCUGGUCAGUACUUAUCAGCACCCCUGCACUGAUUUUGAUCUUUCUUUUCUCUAAACUGUGGCCCGGGUACAAUCACAGCAUGACAAGCUACACAGAUAAAGGGGAGAAGCAUGCAAGGGGAAGGUUUGUCAAGUUUCAUCAUAUCACCUUCUGGGUUGGCAAUGCCAAGCAGGCAGCCUCCUUCUACUGUGAUAAGAUGGGCUUUGAGCCUUUUGCCUAUAAGGGUCUGGAGACUGGCAGCAGAGAGGUGGUGUCGCAUGUCAUCAGACAGGAUAAGAUAAUUUUUGCUUUUGAAUCAGCGCUAAAUCCUGGAAAUGAAGAGAUGGGAGAACACUUGGUGAAGCAUGGAGACGGAGUCAAAGACAUCGCUUUCCAAGUGGAGGAUUGUGACUUCUUAGUCAAGACAGCUAAAGAGCGAGGAGCUGUGAUCGUGAAGGAUCCCUGGGUGGAGCAGGACAGCCAUGGGAGGAUCAAGUUUGCUGUGCUUCAAACGUAUGGAGAUACAACACAUACACUCGUUGAGUACCUCAGUCCCUACAAAGGCCUGUACCUGCCAGGCUACAAAGAGCCUCUGUUUAAGGAUCCUCUGUUAGCCAAUCUUCCACCGGCAGGUUUGCACUUCAUCGAUCACAUUGUGGGAAAUCAGCCAGAUGACCAAAUGGUGCCAAUAACAGACUGGUAUCAGAAGUGUUUGAUGUUCCACCGGUUCUGGUCAAUAGACGACAAGCAGAUCCACACGCAGUACAGCUCACUGAGGUCCAUAGUGGUGACCAACUAUGAGGAGACCAUCAAGAUGCCCAUCAAUGAACCUGCAAGGGGGAAGAAAAUUUCACAAAUCCAGGAAUAUGUGGACUACAACGGGGGACCAGGUGCUCAGCACAUCGCCCUGAACACGUCAGACAUUAUCCAAGCCGUGGUGAACCUGCGCGCCCGAGGGAUGGAGUUCCUCUCAGCGCCUGACAAGUACUACGACAACCUGCGGCUGAAUCUCAAAACUGCCAAGAUCAAGGUGAAGGAGGACUUCGACCGUUUACAGGAAUUGAAGAUCUUAGUUGAUUAUGACGAUAAGGGAUACCUCCUUCAAAUCUUCACCAAACCAGUGCAGGACAGACCGACUCUCUUCCUGGAGGUCAUUCAGCGGAGCAACCACUUUGGCUUUGGGGCAGGAAACUUCAAGUCUCUCUUUGAGGCCAUAGAGAAGGACCAAGACGCCCGUGGCAACCUCACUGUGCUGACACCCGACAGGCAGGCCAAAGCCUUAUACUGAUCCUCGCCUCCUGCUGCCAAACCACACCAAACAUCACUGUACAUUUCAACAGCACAGGAUAUCAAACACAUGUACAGUGUUGAUUAUCUCCAUGACAGAGCUGCAAGUGCUACUAGAUAUGUUGUCUAUAGAUUGUAUGCUGUAUGACUAAAUAAAGAAACUCAUAUAGAUG